CCCCUUCCUUCUACCCACGUCUGUGGACAAUUAAGUAGGGUGCCAGUGUGAGACCCAAUAUAUUACUUUUUAAUUAAUAAAGCACAAUGGUUGUAGGAGAUCUGAAAACGACAGACGGUGUGAAAUCCCUGGACGCAUACCUUGCAGACAGAAGCUAUGUCGACGGGUUUCAACCAACGCAGGCAGAUGUAUGCGUAUUCGAAACGUUAGGAAAGCCUCCAUCAGCUGAUACACCUCAUGCAUUGCGUUGGUACAAUCAUAUUAAAUCAUAUGGAGCUGACAGCAAGAAAUUUCCAGGUGAGAAGAAACCACCGGCGGCUUUUGCUGGAGCAGUAACGAAUGGCAGUGCGCCAUCCGGAGACAAAAAAGACGAUGACGACGACGUGGAUCUGUUCGGCUCAGACGACGAGGAGGAUGCUGAGGCAGAAAAGAUUAGGGAAGAAAGGUUAAAGGCCUAUGCAGAAAAGAAAGCAAAGAAGCCAGCACUUAUUGCAAAAUCAAGUAUUGUUCUUGAUGUGAAACCAUGGGAUGAUGAGACUGAUAUGAAAGAAAUGGAAAACAAAGUUAGAAGUAUUACAAUGGAUGGUCUUGUAUGGGGUGCAUCCAAACUGGUUCCUGUUGGUUAUGGAAUUAACAAGCUGCAGAUCAUGUGUGUUGUCGAAGAUGAAAAAGUUUCUGUGGAUUUGCUUGUGGAAGAGAUACAGAAUUUUGAAGACCAUGUGCAAUCUGUAGAUAUUGCAGCGUUUAAUAAAAUUUAAUUUUGGUAUUAAUAAGAUUAUUUUUGUGUAAAAAAAAAUAAAAUUUGAAAACAAGAA